AUGGGUUUGUUAACGACAGACAUACGUGAAAUAAAAUCAGCUAUUGUCAGCACAUUUAACGAGAAAUGUCUGCAAGAAAUUAUUGAAAAAGUCACAUCUGCUGUAGAGAGGAAGAUUAAAGAGAAACUCAACUCUCAAAAUCAACAAAUUAAGACCCUCACUAAUAAUACAGAGGAGCUGCGUAAGGAAAACGAUAGCCCGCGCAAAAGUAUGGAGUCUCAGGAGCAGGCAGGGCGCAGCAUGAAUAUACGUAUACGAGAAAUAGAUGUCCAAAAAGACGAAAACAUUCGGUCACGAGUCAUUCGCCUAUUUACGAACACGUUAAAAAUAAACUUCCAAAAUUCUGAUAUAAAAAAGUGGCACCGAGUACCGUUUAAGAAUCCCGGAAAUAAGCCACCUGCAGUGCGGAUUCGGUGCGUUUAUCAGUGCCGAAAGAUAAACAGAACUUACAAAACCCUGGUAUGUCUAUAA